AUGCUUAAUAAUAAUUUAACUGUUCCAGUGGCUUGUUCGACGGUGACAGUGACAAAGUGUCAAGCGGCCCUGCACACUCUGCAAGCUUUCCCUUUCUUCCGCCCAACGUGCCUCUGCAGGGAACCGCAUGUAGAUCCGGAUUGCAACAGCUUUCAGAACUUCCUCUUCGACCACCCUUGCAUCUACGUCUUAAAGAAGGAUAAGGAUCCGUACGCCAUCGACGCGCUGCCGACCUGCAAUCAUGCGCUGAGCGUCUGUUUACGCGGCAAACCGUGCAGCCAGAUUUUCGAGGACUUCAAAAGCAACUGCAAAGCGCGGGAGGGCAAGUGCAGGAUGGAGAGCCGAGAAUCUACUACCACUAUUAGUAGCAGUAAGUCUUUGACCAUAUGCAAUAAUGUUAAAUUAACUGAAAGUAGUGGUAAUAUUGAGAAUUGA